UUUUUUAACGCUGGAGAAAUACGGCAACCCCAUUCAGCAGCCAUAUUUCAUUCGUCGAUGUUUUUUUGCCAAUUAAUAUUUCCCAAAAAAUUGGAAAUUUUUUGUUGCUACUACGUGGAUUAGUUUAUUAAAACUGCAAGUUACCAAUUACAAAGUUUGCUCUUAAUGGAAAUAUUGCAUUCAUAUUGAGAAGAUUCUAAAAUCGUUUUUGGCCGGUAUCUGCCGAAUUAAAAAUCGUAGAAAAAGGAAAAAAGUGUUCUAGUUAAAAUGUUAAAAUGUGAUUUUACUACGAAGAAUAAUAAUGAUUUUAAAGACAGUACAGUGGUGUAUAAAAAACAAAAAGUGCGGAAAAAAUUAAAAUUAUUCUAAAAAUCGUGUUAAAAGUAGUAUGUUUUUUGUUUUUGAAGUUUAUGAACUGCAAGUGUAAUAUAUAAAGGUGAUCUGCACAAACUUUAUUAAGAAUGGAUUCAGAUGAUUCCCGACCUGGCUCUUCAGCUUCAAACAGUUCAUCACACUCCUCGCAAAAUUCAAAUAAUUACAAUGAAAUAAAACAUGACACUUCAUCACAUAUUGUAGAGACAAGCCCAACUAGCAGUUCAAGAAGCAGACGUUCGCGCCGUUCGGGCUCCGUUUAUGAAGACUCACAAAAUUCACGCUCGAAAUCCAAAUCUGAUUCAGAUUCAUCUUCCAAUACUUCUCUUAGCGAUGAUGAUGACGAUGAGACGAAAUCAUCUAACAACGUAAACCCUGAAAAAAACUCGAUUUUAGACUGUGCUGAGAGUGAUAAGGCUAUCGAGAAUAAAAGAAAUGUAUCAACCUCUCCUUCUUUAAUCUCUCGUCAUAGUUCAAGAGAGAGUAGUUUGUCAUCUAAUCAUAGUAGAAGUAACAGUGCUGAACUUCAACAAGAAAAUUCUGAGUUAAAUAUAACUCACGAAGAUCUUAGCGACGUCAGUGAUCUAGAAAGCGAAAAGCGGACCUCAGUUUAUAAUACAAAAUUGUCAGUUGAAGACAUAAAUAAAACUGAUGGUAACGAUUUUGGAGAAAAUGAAAAUAAUAUUACUGACUUGCGCCAAAAACUGGAAAAAAAGAAAUAUCAACUGAAUGAAAAAUGUACAACACCUCCUAAAGAAGAUGAAAAAAUAAGUACAAAAGGCAAAGCUGAAGAAUCGUUUGAAGAUUUGGUUAAAGCUCACGAUGAAGACGCUUUAGAUUUUGAAGCCGAAGAAGGUGAAUGUCAUGAAGCUAGUAAGAAUGAUGCAAAAGAAGAACCUGAAAAAGGAAAUUAUAAAAAUGAGGAAAAGAUAAAUAUAUCAAAAAAGGAUGAAGAUGAGUUAGAAGAAGGAGAAGUCUCAGAUGAGGAUGAGAAACGACCAGAGGAAACAGAACCCAAACCAGUAUGUAGAUUUUACACACGUGGGCAAUGUACUUGGGGUAUGAGUUGUCGUUUUCUUCAUCCUGGUGUAACUGAUAAGGGGAAUUAUACCAUGUUCGACCUAGUUCGACCUGUUCCACUGCCACCUAGCGGAAGUAAUGCUGGAAAUCGUGGUUCUACUUAUUCUCUACAUACAUCGGAUUUCCACGACUAUCGUAAUGAACGUCCUGUAAUACAUCAUCGUAGUUCCUCUCUACAUCAUAACACUGGUGUCUAUCCACCCAAUCAUGAAACUCGCAAAGUAGCCUUAGAUGGGCCAGUAGUUGUUGAAAGUGCUUGGGAAAGGGGUCUACGAACUGCUAAAGAAAUGAUGAGAAAAGCCAAUAAGCGAAAGGAGCAAGAUAUGGAUUUCGAAGAUAAAAAAAUGAAUUUAACGCUGUCGCCAGAUGAGUUAGAGAAAGAUCCAUACUAUUUAAAGGAAAGAUUAUCUCCUUCCGAAAAUGCUCGACAUUCUUUAUAUGUUGAAUCGGCGACAGAUGUUUAUAAUGGCGGUGAUCGUUAUGGGCGUGGACCACCAUUAACACAUUAUGAUGAAGUUGAUCCAUAUGGACGAUCUACUCGAUAUAGGGAACUCCCUCCUCAUCGAAUGCCACAGUAUGAAGAUGAGAGGCGCAUUCGUCCCGCGCGGGAGGUGAUCGUACAAAGAGUUGAGCCUAUAGGCCGUAGCGAUGACUGGAAUGAUCCUUGGAUGCGUUCAAAAUCACCAAAUGGACGAGGGGGAUCUCGUGAUCACGGAGAGAAAAGGCGUCGAGAGCGUCGUAGUUACAGCAGUAAUUCAUCUUAUACAAGUUCAAGUAGUUCACAAUCUGACUCCAGUUCUGACUCCAGUCGAUCCCUCAGUCCACGUGACCGCCAUAGACGUCGUUAUAAUAGCAGUUCACACAAAACAUCACCUUCACUAACACGUAGAUCCGGUGGACGAAAUAUACGAUCACUUACUCCACCACCAAGAAAACUAAGGGGAUCCCCAAGUUUACGCCAGUCGCCAGGCAUUAAAAGAAGAUCAGAUAUAUCAUCUCCUGUUUAUAACAGAAACACUUAUAGUCCAGUUCAUAAAAGAAAAAGAUUGUCACCGUUGACGAAAAAGAUACGAGGCGAAAAGGGAAAAAUUAGGCGUAGACAUUCAUCAAGUUCUUCUGAUUCAGAUUCUACAGCUUCUGACUCAGAUUCAGACUCUGGAUCUUCAUCAUCCGAAAGUUCGUCGCAAUCAAGAGAACAUACUCCUCCUAAACGAUUACGAAUUUCUGACCGAUUAUCAACUAAUGAAAGAAAGGGACUCAAAAAAGAUUUGCCGAAAAAGAGGUCUCCAAUUUCAAUUGAGUUGAAAAAACCGACUACAGUUGGAGUUUCUGCAUUAACUUCUCCUACUCAAGGAACAACAAGCGAAAAGGAUUCAAAAAAAUCACGACGAGAGGAACUUCUAAAACAGUUGAGAGCGGUUGAGGAUGCAAUUGCAAAGAAACGUUCAAAACUUGCAUAAUUUAAAUGGUUAGAAGACAUCAACUUAAUAGUUGCAAAAAGAUGAACUAAAUUUUACUUUAAUUAUUUUCAAAUUAAAGCUGCAUUGACAAAAUUAUUAAACAAAUAUAUUAAACAUAAUAUACUAAAA